UCCUUGAUUGCCCGCAGCCUACAUACUGCUUCGCGAUUUUUUGAGAUUACGCGGCGGGGUGUGACCACACGUACAACCCACCAUGCCCGAAGUGUACCGGGAGUCUCGCUAUGUGCGGGAGCGGGAGCGGGACUCGUCUCCCUCUAGCGACGAGGAGUACAAGAGGACGACGGUGCGCCGGUACAAGGUGAAGCCAGACCGCGUGGAGCGCGUGGAGCGCGACGUCGAUAUCGUCGAGGUGGACCGCCGCAUGGAUCGUCUGUACAUCCCGGAGCGACCGCGGUCCGCCUUCGACCCCUCCCCCCACAGCGCAACCUAUGUCGAGCGCCAGGUCAUUGAGCGCGAGCGCGAGCGCGAGCCCAGAGACGAGCACUACACCCGGGUGGACCGGGUCGAGUAUCGCGGGGACGGGCCCCGGGGUACUGUGGUGGAGCGGGAACGGGUCGUCGAGCGCGAUGACCGCGACGUGCACCUCCCCGAGCGGACGCGCACGGUAGUUGAGAGAGAUAUUGUGGAGCGCGACCGCGAUGCCGAGUACCACCGUGAGAGGGAUCGCGGCAGGGUCAUUUACGAGGCCACCAAGGAGGUUGACCGAGUUGACCACGUCUAUUCGCCGAGGGAUUUGGAACGCCGCUCGUACUGGGAUGACGAGGAGGAGACGGAGGUGCGCGUUGAGAGGAGAGUCGAGCGCCGGGAUUCUCAUGGCCACGAAAUCCGCGUAGAACGCCGGGUCGAAGAACGGCGUGAAGAAGGCCCCGAGGGCGAGCGCUGGCGCAAGGAAACCGAGUACUAUGAGCCGGCCCAGGGUCCGAUCGUCAUUCGGCCGCGUCCCGCCGAGCAGAAGAUCAUCCUCCAGGAGGCCCCGCCGACCACUGUCGUCAUCCGUGAGCAGACACCAGACACUAGGGAGGUUGCCGUUGCGCGUCGCGCUUCGCGCGAUGGCGAAUAUUACUAUCACCGAGAGUCUCGUGAGGUUGGACCUUACCGCGGAGAGCGCCGCGAGGAGGAGGUUGCGGUCGCGCGCUAUGAGGACGAUGACCGGCACCGCCACCACCACCACCACCGCCAUCACCAUCGCCAUCAUCGCCAUCACCAUGAUGCCUACAGCGACGCCGAGUCUGACGAUGGAUACUACGUCAAGCGCACCGUCGUCCGCCGGGAGCGCAGCGAGUCGAGCAGCCCGCACCGGAAGCGCCAUCUCGCCGAAGGCGCUCUUGCUGGCGCCGGCAUCUCGGCAAUUCUCGCUUCUCGGCGUGACUCCAACGGCGAGUUCCGACAACAUCGCGGCCGUAAGGUUCUUGCGGGCGCUGCCCUCGGCGCCCUCGGCACCGAAGUCGUAAGGCGCGCACACAGUGCGUACCAAGAGCGGUUUGGGGAUGACGACCGGAGAGAGCGCUCUCGGUCUCGCUCACGGGCGCCUCAUUCCCGGCUCAAGACCGGCCUAGGUAUCGCUGCUGUUGCUCUCGCGGCUGCCGGCGCGGCCAAGUACUACCAGAGCAGCAAGAUCGAGAAAGAGGAAAUGAAUCGCGGUCGCGCGCUCCACCGCGACAGCGACAGCGAGCGGUCUCCCAGCCGGAAGCGCUCCAGGAGCAGGGCUUCAUCGCUCGCCAAGGCCGGUCUGGGCGCGGCAGCCCUGACCGGGCUGGUCCAGCACUACCGCCACAAGAGCAAGUCGCGGGAUGGCAAGAGCCGGUCUCGGUCACGCCUCCGCACGGGCGCUGAGAUGCUAGCCGCCGGCCUGGCCGGCGCGGGCGCCAAGAAGCUGUAUGACCGCCACAAGGAGAAGAAGGAAGCAGAGCGCGACCGCGACCGCGGGUACAGUGAUGACGAAUACUACGAAGACGACGCGCGCGACUACAACCGCCGCAGCAGGAGCAGGAGCUUGAGCCGGUCCGGACCCACGUACCCCGACGGUGACCCUUCCGCAGCUGAUCCUGAACUAGGCAUGGUUGAAUACGGGGCCCACCCCCUGUACGCGAACCCCGCGUACCCGGCGGACGGAGACCAUAUGGGGCGAGCGGCAGCGGGGUAUGACUCCGCGGCGGAGUAUGACUCUGCGGUGGAGGAGAGGAGCCGCAGGCGUCGGAGGAGCCAUGGCCGGAGAAGGGCGAGGGGCGAGGACGACUACUCUGCGGACAGCGAGGCGGAAACGGACUACGACAAGAAGGCGGCGAAGAAGCGCAGCGGGAGCAGGCUGCGCGACCUCGCUGCCGGCGCCGCGGCUGCUGGCGCGGCAGCCAUUGGCAUCAAGAAGUUCAAUGAACGGAGAGCGAAGGAGAAGGAGAGGGAGGAGAAGGCGGAGGCGGAGCGCGAGAAAGACAGGGAGCGGAACAGGGAGCGGGAAAGAGAUAAGGGAAAGGAAAGGGACCGGCGGCGCUACGACGCCGAAGCCUCGGCAGACGAGUAUGACGGCUACGGGCGUCGAGGAGCCUCACCACCCAAUGCGUCCGGUGGUUUCUACAACCCUCCCCCGCCGGCGCCUCCGGCACCACCGGCUGGAAUGAAUGGCUUCACGCAACAUCCCAACGUGGCCACCACCAACCUCCACCAGCAGUACACGCCAUACCCGGGCCCGGGCAACGUGGACUUUACAGCCAUGCCGGCUCCACCUCCGAACUCGGCUGGAGUCCCUGACGGCGCACCUCCACCAUUUAACCCCAAGGACCCUGAACAUCUUGUGUAACUCCCACGCUCGCCCACGUUCCCCCGGCGCCCGUCUUCUCGGAGGCCGACCCCGAGACGCCUCGCACAUCGAAAUCGGUGACUUUCAUACCUCUGUCCCCAAAGUCGUCCGCCACGCUACGCCGCCAUCGCGAGGAACAAGCAACCAAGUCUGAGGCCG